AUGUCAAAACUACGUAUGCUAGUAUCAGGCGCCGGCAUCGCCGGUCCAACUCUCGCGUUCUGGCUUGCCCGUGCCGGUGCACUGGUAACGAUCAUCGAGCGCGCUCCUGUACUGCGGGCAAUAGGGCAAAACAUAGACAAUUGCGGCGCUGGUAUUGGAGUCAUACAGCGCAUGGGCCUUGAAGACAUCAUCUGCAAGAAUAAGACAAAUGAAGAAGGUAUAGCCUUCGUUGAUGCCAUAAAUCGUCCGAAAGCGCAGUUUGAAGUCUAUCACAGUGGGAAGGGUAAGAGCUUUACGUCAGACACUGAGAUUUCAAGGGAAACACUCGCAAAGAUCCUUCAUGACGGUACAAAGGAGGAGGCUGACUCCACGCCCCAACGAGAAUUCGACCUCCUCGUCGCAGGCGACGGCCUCGGCUCACCUACCCGCUCUCUCAUCUUUGCCCACGUGGGAAAGAUUUGCAUACGCUCUCUGAACCAGUGCACAUCCUACUUCAGCAUCCCCUACCAAGACCCCGACGGUACUUUGGCACGUUGGUACAAUGCCCCAGGCCGCCGCUGCACACUGACGCGCCCUAACAAUGCGGGCAAAACAAUAGUGUUCCUGUCCAUCAUCAGCAUCUCGGAGAAGCUCCAGAGCCAUAGCAAGCUCUCCCAAAAUGAGCAGAAACAGUCGAUGCACGAAAUCUUCCCCAACGCCGGCUGGGAAGCCUCACGUAUGCUUGCUGGCAUGGACACAACGGAUGACUUUUACAUGCAAUCGAACGCCCAAGUUAAGCUCGACAGCUGGUCGAAAGGCCGCAUGAGCGUAGUCGGCGCUGCGGCGUUUUGUCCCUCUCCUAUCAGCGGGAUGGGCACCACCGUCGCUAUCGUCGGCGCGUACAUCCUUGCUGGCGAGAUCUCCAGGUGUGGAACCGACUACGAGAAGGCUUUCGAAGCGUACGAAAGUAUCAUGAGGCCGUUCGUCGAUACAGCGCAGAGUUUGCCGCCCGGGGCGCCGGCGAUAGCGAAUCCGGAGACGGCGUGGGGCAAUAACUUGAUGAAUAGACUGCUUGAUUUUGUUAGUUGGAAUGGGUUGGAGAGCCUGUUGGGGAGGUUUGGAGGGCCGCCGGCGGACGCGAUUGUGUUGCCGGGGCAUGAGAUGUGA